GUUCAGACCACACCUUGUAUUCAGACUUUUUGGGUAGCUUACUUAUCCUUUGGCACACCUCACACAGCAGUCAUUUUGUUGCACUGCUCAGGAAAGUUCCUCACAUUUCUAAAUGCCUGCACAACCCCAAAAGAUGUCCACCCAUGAAGUAAGCAGAGGUGCCUGCAAUGCCUUCUCCUUGCAUCACUGGUGUGAGGUGAAUGAACAAGCAGAUUGCAAUGGUGAAGAAGAGGUGCAAGUCCAGGAGGGCUUGCUCAGCAACCCCACUUGCAGGUCCUUGGUAGGAACCCAACCAUGCCUAUCCUUGAUGCUGGCCCUACUUAAAAACUGUAAGUGACAACCGCCUUCUCCACUUCACUAUUUUAUGAAGAAGGGAACUGUUUUUGUGUUAUUUUUGACCUUUUACUGAUACCAGUUCUUAUGGUACAGUGCAAAUAAGGUUUAAAGCAAGGGAUGGGUUACGGAAGAAGUGCUCUCCCCCCUUACAUUCAGAUGUCCCAGCCUGGUACCCUUCCCUCCAUAUGUGUUAUAGUCUGCUACUUGACUAUGGUACUCUAACAAAUCUGGAAAUAAUUUGGUUGGGAAAGGCUACCCUACUGGAUUGCUUAAAGGAGCUGUUAAUAGCUUGGAAGAACACUUUCUUCAGAGAGCAUUCUUGACUGGUAAAUGAGCACUAUAGUGGUGGCUGAGGCAAAAGGAGAAUAUUAAGCUCUCCUUAGCCAAAGUGGCUGUUCCACCAUAAUCCCUUCAGGUGUGUAUUCAAGUGAAACCCCAUGAAGUUAAUGGGAUUUACUUGUGAGUCAGCAUGCAUAGGAUCAGGCCAUGUAGUAAACCUCACAGCUGCUGGAGUCUUGUUCACUGAAGGAGGGUCUAUCAUCUCCCUAGGCAGCAGAUUGUGCUGCAUUUUAAAACAGGAUUACAAUCAAGUCCCACUGGGAGUGUUAAGCAUGUAUCUCUCUCCCUCCCUCAGAGAAAUGACUAGCACUUAAAGUGCUCAACUUCUGGGUCCCUUCCAGUAAUUAUGUUCCUCAUUUUCUGUGAUGUCAAAGUCAACCUUGCUUCAUAAUGAAAGAAACACUAUAUUUGCAUUGUCAGUACUUCUGUGCAGCAAGUAGAAGACAAAAGUCUCUGAUGAAUGCAGAAUAUGCAGAAGUAAAAUAGUUUAGAAUUUGCAAAUGAACUUUUUAGAGUGGAAAGAAUUUUUUUAUCUUAUUUUUCCCCUCAUUUAGGGAUGUUAUGGUAGGUAAGGCAGGAAUUUAGACAAUCUGUACAAAAUUAAAUCUUUACACAUCUUUUCAGCGAGAAAGUGGAAAAGGAAGAAUCUGUAGUUUGCUUAUCCUCUCUGUAGAAAUCGCAUACCUCAGCAGCAUUCUGCUGAACUCAGUAGCAUCUGAGCCAACAAUAUCAGUUAAAAAGCCUAUCACUGUAACAUUCAUACAGAUAGGAAUGUUUAUUGAGAAAAUAAGACCUGCAGUUCGGCACAAGGCAUUAUAAGCGGGGGAGGGGAAAAUAAUGCAUAAAUCACUGAUGUCCAUAAACAAAGAAUUCACGCAUCUUUCGCAUCUGCGGGCAAGGAUGCUUUUUUUCUCCUUCUGUACCCCAAGAGAGAGUUCCAGAGAACGCGUGCACGACAAGAAAAGCAGCAACACCUCAGCCUGAGAAGCCUUCCUCUUCAAGUCGGAUGUCUUCCUUUUUUUUUUAAUAAUUAUUUUUUUACCAACUUCCUUCCUGCUUUCAACGGCCAAAGCUCAAAGCUGAGAGGAAAGAGGAGCCCCGGACAGAGACGCCGCGCAGUGAGCUGGGGAGGGAGUGAAGGAAAGCCUGGUUAAAGACUUAGGAGCUCCAUCAACAUCUGACUUUUACGCUAAUUGGCAACUUCUGCUUCCGAGGCUAGCAGGCAGCCAUGACUGAGAAAGAUCCAGAGGUGCAUGUGGAAGAUGAUGACGAUGAGCUAGAUAGCAAACUGAACUACAAGCCCCCACCUCAGAAGACACUGCAGGAACUGCAGGAGUUGGACAAGGAUGAUGAGAGCCUUGCAAAGUACAAAAAGUCUCUGUUGGGGGAUGGCCCCGUGGUGGCAGAUCCAACAGUUCCCAAUGUGACUGUCACUCGGCUCACCCUGGUAUGUGAUACUGCUCCAGGGCCAAUCACCAUGGAUCUCACUGGUGAUCUUGAUGCUCUCAAGAAAGAGACCUUUUCAUUAAAGGAAGGCGCUGAAUACAGAGUCAAGAUCCACUUCAAAGUAAAUAAGGAAAUUGUAUCGGGCUUGAAAUAUGUGCAGCACACUUAUCGGGCAGGAGUGAAAGUGGACAAAGCUACAUUCAUGGUGGGCAGCUAUGGGCCACGACCAGAAGAAUAUGAAUUCAUGACACCUCUUGAGGAGGCACCCAAAGGCAUGAUGGCUCGAGGAAACUACCGCAACAAGUCCUUCUUUACUGAUGACGACAAGCAUGACCAUCUCACUUGGGAGUGGAAUUUGGCCAUUAAGAAGGAGUGGACAGAUUGAGUUCCACCUAAUUUCCUUCUCUUUACUUUCUCCUGCCACUUGCGCUGUAUUUCAGGCGUGCCAGUCUCUGGCACCUGCAUGCCAUGCUUCUUCCACACAACCCACCUGGCCAUUUAUUGUCACAAGAAAUUCUGUUAACACAGGCCUUUGGACAGACUCUGUCUCUCCUGGUGCUACACUGAAAUACAAUCACAAGGAAUUAAAAUGGGACACACCAUCUCUCUGCUUGCACAGGAUCAGUCCUUGAAGUGCCUUUGCUAGGAUGAUGCUAACUCAACCCUGUUACUAUCGGGGCAGAUAGGUUGUCCGCACCUAAAGGUAUAUAGCUAUUAUCCUUUUCUCCUUGGAGCCUGCAUUCACUGAAAACAUCUUUGCCUAUGAGUGGAUUCUAUUUCAUUUAAACUUUGGGGGGAUGUAAUUCCCAAAACUGCAUUUGGAAACCUUGCCUUUAACAGUAACAGGAGAUGCAGUACCUGCCCUGGCCUGUAAAGAUUUCAGUGUCUUUGAAAAUAAAGCCAGUCUUGUCCUUA